AUCAGUGGCCCCAUUGCUGCCGAAGAACAAAGAAAGAACAGUACCAGGCAUAUAAGAUGAGGAUCAGAUGCACAUGUUUAGCUUUUUUAUUCAGCUUCCUUGCCGUCGUCCUGAGCCGGAAUCAGGAGGAGCUUCUGUUCAAUGAUCUGAUGGUCGAUUAUGACCGGAAUUUUCGCCCAGCUUCAGACAAGGGGGACAUUGUAAAUGUUUCUCUCAAGGUUACCCUCACCAACUUGAUCUCCCUGAACGAGAUCGACGAGGCUCUCACAACGAAUGUGUGGGUAGAGAUGAAAUGGAAAGAUUACCGCCUGCAGUGGGACCCGGAUGAGUAUGACAACAUCAGCUGCUUACGGAUCCCUUCGAGGUUGAUCUGGCUGCCAGAUAUAGUCUUGGAGAACAACAUCAACGGGGUCUUUGACGUUGCCUUGUACACCAAUGCUUUGGUGUCUCCUGAUGGGAACAUCACUUGGUUGCCCCCAGCUAUUUAUCGGAGCGUCUGCUCCAUUUUCGUCACCUACUUCCCCUUCGACUGGCAAAAUUGCUCCCUGGUGUUCCAAUCUCAGACCUACAAUGCCCUUGAAAUCAACCUCUUGUUGACCGUCGAACAGGGAAAAACCAUUGAAUGGAUUUUUAUCGAUCCCGAAGCUUUCACAGAGAAUGGCGAGUGGGCGAUCAAACACCGGCCAGCCAAGAAAGUUGUGAAUGCCGAACACUUCACCCCGAGCGACAUCGGGUACCAGCAAAUUGUCUUCUUCUUGAUCAUCCAGAGGAAACCUCUCUUCUACGUGGUCAACAUCAUCAUCCCCUGCGUGCUCAUUUCCUUCGUGGCCCUGCUGGUCUACUUCCUGCCUGCCAAAGCCGGUGGGCAGAAGUGCACAGUCUCCAUCAACGUCCUCUUAGCCCAGACCGUCUUCCUUUUCCUGAUUGCAAAAAAGGUGCCGGAAACUUCUCAGGCAGUGCCUCUCAUUGGAAAGUACUUAACCUUCCUUCUGGUGGUGACCAUCGCUAUCGUGGUAAACGCCGUGAUUGUCCUCAACGUUUCUCUGCGCACCCCCAACACCCAUUCGAUGUCCCAGCGAAUCCGACAGGUCUUUCUGCACCUGGUCCCCCAUUACCUGGGCAUGCACAUGAGACGCAUCUCGCUCCCCGCCGAGAAUCGGCUCGCACGGCGACGGAGCUCCCUGGGGCUGAUGGCCAAAGCCGAGGAAUACAUGCUGUGGAAAGCCCGGAGCGAACUCCUGUUUGAGAGGCAGAAGGAACGAGACGGGUUGAUGAAGAUCCUCCUGGCCAAGAUCGGAAAAGGCUCGGAGAACGGAGGUCCCCAGGACUUCUGCAACAGCCUACGCAAUGCCGCUCCGGAAAUCCAGUCCUGUGUGAAGGCUUGCAACCACAUCACCAAGACUUUGCAAGAGAAGAAUGAUUUUGAUAGCGAAAACGAAGAAUGGAUCCUGGUGGGCAGAGUCAUUGAUCGUGUUUGUUUCCUCAUCAUGGCUUCCGUCUUUAUCUUUGGCACCGUUGGGGUCUUCCUGAUGGCGCAAUUCAACAAAGCUCCAUCGGAGCCUUUCGCGGGAGAUCCGAGGCUAUUCCUGCCCUAGGAGUGGGCCGGAAACUGGAUCCACAGAUCUCAACUGGGUCCUCUCCUUGGAGGAAUUUCAUACAGAGAACUAGGCUGCAAUGCAAGGCUUUUGGGGCUGGGGGGGUCUAACUUAGGAAAUCUGGACUUCCGCCCUCUUGCAGAAAUACAGGCAAUCCUUGACUUACAACAAUUCAUUUAGUGACCGUUCAAAAUUACAAACGGCACUGAAAAAAAGGGACUUAUGACCAUGUUUCACACUUACAAACCAUUGCAGCACCCUCGUGGUCACGUGCAGAGGUUGGUAUUCAGACGGUUCGUACCAGUUCAGGCGAACCGAUUGUAGAAUAGAAUAGAAUAGAAUUUUAUUGGCCAAGUGUGAUUGGACACACAAGGAAUUUGUCUUGGUGCAGAUGCUCUCAGUGUACGUAAAAGAAAAGAUACCUUCAUCAAGGUACAACAUUUACAACACAAAUGAUGGUCAAUAUAUCAAUAUAACGCUGAGUCCUUCAGGAGAAGGGCGGUAUACAAAUUAAAACAUUAUUAUUAUUAUUAUUAUUAUUAUUAUUAUUAUUAUUAUUAUUAUUAUUAUUAUUAUUAUUAUUAUUAUUAUUAAUCAUAAGGAUUGCCAGCAACAAGUUACAGUCAUACAGUCAUAAAUGGAAAGAGAUGGGUGAUGGGAACUAUGAGAAGAUUAAUAGUAGUGCAGAUUCAGUAAAUAGUUUGACAGUGUUGAUGGAAUUAUUUGUUUAGCAGAGUGAUGGCCUUCAGGAAAAAACUGUUCUUGUGUCUAGUUGUUCUGGUGUGCAGUGCUCUAUAGUGUCGUUUUGAGGGUAGGAGUUGAAACAGUUUAUGUCCAGGAUGUGAGGGAUCUGUAAAUCUUUUCACGGCCCUCUUCUUGAUUCGUGCAGUAUACAGGUCCUCAAUGGAAGGCAGGUUGGUAGCAAUUAUUUUUUCUGCAGUUCUAAUUAUCCUCUGAAGUCUGUGUUUUUCUUGUUGGGUUGCAGAACCGAACCAGACAGUUAUAGAGGUGCAAAUGACAGACUCAAUAAUUCCUCUGUAGAAUUGGAUCAGCAGCUCCUUGGGCAGUUUGAGCUUACUGAGUUGGCGCAGAAAGAACAUUCUUUGUUGUCCUUUUUUAAUGAUGUUUUUGAUGUUAGCUGUCCAUUUGAGAUCUUGCGAUAUGGUAGUAGAGAUUGCAGGUGGGCCCACCAACCCACACCGGCCCUAUGCCGUCCUAUUUAUGCACAGUUUGGAGGCCGGGCGCAUGCGCGGAAGGUACACGCACGGGCAAAGCAC